AUGAUUCUCACGCAGAAGACUACGAAUCGCCGUGUAGCAAGAUGGUUUAAUACACUUGCGGAAUCUCGACCGUUGUUUAAGUGGAUUCCUGGGGAAACCAACACGGUGGCUGACGCGCUAUCACGAAACCCGAACUUUGGGAAAAGACUUCUCAAUGUGACAGUAGCUGAGACAGCGAAGCCGAUGUACAACUGA